CUCAGCAGUCCAAAAUAUCUACGUGUUCGGCAAGCUGUAAAGUGGUGUGCACUGCUGGCUGGCGGCGCGGUGACAAGACAGUUCGCUAUCCCGUCCCGACGAAGAAAACGACCCGCCUGCAAGUGGAUGUGAUGUUGUGAGUGCGUGCGAGAACGAUCCGAAAGUAGUGAAAGUGGCGAAAGAAUUUUUCCCCUGCAUCAAAAAUUCGCGCUCCAGAGUCCUGACGCUCGUGUGCAACCAGCCGAGGGAAGCAACGUAGGAUCUAGAAGCGGCCACUACACGACGACGACGACGACGACUAGGACGAUCAGAUCAUGGCAUCCCGCGGUGGCCCAAUGGUGAUCGGCACCGACGGUGCCGACUUCGAGCACAGGCAACGUGUGGCCGCUCAUUACCAAAUCAGCGCACUCAACAAGGCCCGGUUAAAAUACUGCAUUUUCUUCCACUACCUGCUGUUCUUCGUAAUGCUAGUCAAACUGUCCGCCGACAUUCUAGACCGUUUGGAUAUAUUUAUCCUGGAAAUUGAGGAACUUCAGAUUCCCCAACCGCUCUGGUGGGAAUACUUCUGGUGUCUGUCCGUUUUCCUGUCCUACUUUGGCCUGACGGCAGCUCGCCGCAAUCGGAUAAACGACAUGAAGAAGUACAUGGUUGGUAUCAGCACCGUUGCCUUCGUUCCGCUGUUGUACUGCCUCAUCUACUACCUGAACGACGUGAGUGAGUACAUCAGCUUGGAGAAGGGCACCGAGCUGGAAGACACGGACAUCUUCGUCUGGCAGGUAAUUGGCUACCCGUAUGGACUGUUGUGGUACGGAUUCGUCCUGCUGGCUCUGCAGGUGCAUUUCUUCUCGCUGUACUUCGCCUGGAACCUAAUCAAGGCUUGGAGAGCACGCGGAACUUUGAGGAAGGAGCAGUAAACAGGGAAGGCCAUCGGUUGCAGGAAUUCAACAUUGAAAGACAAUAUUCUUCGACAACAAUGUAAUGUGCUUCGAAGCGAACAAUACAUACUUUUUCAUGUCAGUUUCACUACUCAAAACAUUACGGUAGAAAGAUCAUUCUCUUAAACUACAUAGCGAACUCAAUAACUCUGCCCCUCAGAUUAGUAAUAUCAAGAAAUUUUUUGUAGAUGUAUGGGAAUAUGCUAUUUAGCUUAGCUAAAUUUCUUAUUGGCAUAUUUGAAAGAACAGAGUUGACACAAAAAAAUCACAAAAGCUAGUUUUCAAUUUAUUGAAACUUUACAGAUUAGAUACUUCACAAAAAAGACUCCGGUGUGAAAAGUUAUUCAAAAUUAGAAAAGUGAACCACUCGCCCUCUUUACACUAGCCGAAAAUACUGAAACGAACGAAUGUUAAGUCUGUCUUAGGCCUUCUACAGAGUAAAACUAAUUUUGACAUUUUUUUUUUAUUUAACGUAUAGAAUUAUUUUUUAGAACUCGUGAUUUGAACUUAAAUAAGUUGUACGGAGUUUUUCAUUAUUUUCUACGAUGACAAAACAAUGCAAUAUAGCCAUUACUGACAACGCUCAAACAAAUGAAUCCUGAAAAGAGCUUACCAAAGUUGGGUCACUGCCGGAAAAAAAAGUGCUCCAACUAGAACACAAACGGACUAAAGCAGCUGAUAGCGAGGACUAAAACGAUCCCACAGACAGGAAGAGUUCACCGAAGCGCAGCCCCGUGGUGCGCCUGAUGGAUAUAUUUUCACAACAAAACGCAAAAGAAAGAGGCGACAUUAUAUUCUACUGGAAGGCAGGAAACAUGCUCGAAGCAAGAGGAAACCAAACGGAAAAUGUUAAAAUGAUAUUUAUUGUGAGUAAUGUUAUUCAAGUAAUGUUCUUAUGAUUGAAGUAGAAAACUUAAAAAUCGUUAAGAGGGAGGACAAAUAAAGUUGUUGUAAUGAAACAGAA